AUGAGCAGCCUCCCAAGCGACGUCCAAGCGCCACGCUGCCGCGAGUGCCUCCUUCCCUCUGUGGCCCGGACCCCCUCCGUCACCCAAGUCACACCAGCCAAGAAGAUAACCUUCUUCAAGCAAGGGGAUCCCCGGUUUUCUGGGGUUCGCCUGGCUGUUCACCAGCGCUCCUUCAAGAGCUUCAGCACCCUGAUGGAUGAACUCUCCCAGCGGGUGCCUCUGGCCUUCGGGGUGCGCUCCGUCACCACGCCCCGGGGACUGCACCACCUCAGCGCCCUGGAGCAGCUGCAAGAUGGGGGCUGCUACCUGUGCUCUGACAAGAAGCCCCCCAAGACCCCCAGUGGGCCAGGCCGGCAACAGGGGAGAGGCCACUCUGCACUGCCGUCGGGGGACUUCGAAGGCAGGUGUGCGGUGCCAGGAACGUCCUCUUCCUGGAAGGGUCCUAAAAUCCCAAGGAGGAUGACGCUGAUUAAGAAUGGGGACCCUAGAUUCCAGCGGACGGUGGUUCUCAGUCAUGCAAACACUAGGAACCUUGCAACCUUUCUCAGCAAAGCCUCAGAUCUCCUGCACUUUCCCGUGAAGAAGAUGUACACAAUCCAAGGGGAAAAGGUGGACUCCUUGCAGAGUUUGCUGCACAGCCCCUCGGUGCUGGUGUGUGCUGGUCAUGAGUCCUUCAGACUUCCAGCCAUGGAAGAUGCCAGAAGAAAUGGGGCUGAAACUUUAUCUGGGCUGACUUCAAGGAACAAAAAUGGGAGCUGGGAGCUGAAGGCCCAGCCGAGUGUUAUCUACUCCAGGUCCAAGUCCGGCAGCAGGCCUCGGCGGGUGUCCUCACUGUCGGGGAGGUCUGGUCUCAGCGACCCCCCAGAGUCCCUGCAUUGCACCUCGAGGGGCUCCGACACUAACUGGCACCUUCAGGACACACCUGCCCACCUUGGUCCCUUGGUGGCUGGUGACGACAUCGAGAAGAAGGUCCACGUGAAUAAGGAUGGCAGCCUGUCGGUGGAGAUGAAAGUCCGCUUCCACCUACUCAGCCAGGAUGCGCUCCUGCAGUCCAGGAGAGUCACAGCCGCCAAGGGGGAGGGCACUGUCCUGGGGGAGGCGGACCCCCUAUGUGGCCCGUGGGAGGGAAGCCCUUGGGGCUUCUCAGAGGCUGGGGCACUAGGACUGAGGCCCUGCGAGUCAGGACGUGAGGAAGCCUUUUACCAAGGCCAGCAGCCAGGGCCCCGUUACGAGAUCUGGAGGAAUCCCCUGUACACUGCCCGGGGAGAGGGAACUGCUUCUCGGAAGAGGGGUGGGCUGACCCUACAGUCCCACUCCAGGGGAUCUGGGAGCCGAGGGGUCACCAGGAAGAAAAGAACCAGUGACAGGCCCCCAGAAGACUCUGAGCUGGACUCCCCCUGCUCUCCCAGGGCCCCAGAGGGUGGCGUGAGCAGCUGCGGCCUGCCUAAGGCCUCAGUGGCUGCUUCUGAGAGACGGCCAGGCCAGGAAGCUGGCAACAUGCCCCGCAUGGGUCAGACCCCAAACAGGGGACCCAACCCAUGUCCAAAAGGAGCAGGGGUGGGCAGCAGCGUGCAACAAGCCAAAGGGCUGGGGAGUGAGGAAGAGCCUUCACUGGGCUGCCUGAAACCUGGGCCCCGAGGCCUGGAAGAUGCUCUUUCGGACUCAGCAGCCUGUGCAGGUCAGAUGAGGGCUGUGACCUCUCAGCAGGAGCUCAGCCAGGAGGGAGGCACCAGUUCUCCCACUCUGAGUCCCUUGUCUUUGAGGAAUGAAGACCUCCAGGCAGAGGAGAGUGUGCAGGGUACUGGGAGCCCCAAGGCCAGGCUGCCCGUGGCCCGGGGCCAUUCUGAUUCUUGGGAUGCUGAAGGGCGCUCUUCCCCACCUCCCCCCCGGGCCUCAGCUCAGAGGGGGAGAAGAAGGCAGAGGCGCCAAGCUGGCGCCAGGUCCUCACCCAGCAUGUCUGACUUUGGCCGAGUUUCCCAGAGAAGCCACCAGAGGGAGCACCGCCACCGAAGGGACACUCCCUGCCCACUGGACUCACUUGCAACCAAGCAAGCGCUGAGUCCUCCCAAGAGAGGAAGGGCCUGCUCAGAUGGCCCCGCACCAAGGUUUUUGGAAAGCUCAUCCAGCACCAGGGAAGAGGCCUCCAGGGAUCCAGGGUCUCCCUCCUCCAGCUCUCUUCCUUCCCAGUACCCUUCAAGGGCCAGCAGUGCCACCAUUACCCCUGUUAGCAAUUCAGAUCUACAGAAAACAGACAGUGCUUCUAAUUCCUACUAUCCAAACUUUACCUCCGCUGAGACUGACGGGGACCCUGAGCUCAGGGUGAGCUGCUCAUCUGCUCCCGUACCUUCCAACACAUCAGAUUCUUUCAGUUCCCAGGCUAGGGCCGGUCACCUGGAUGAAGAGGCAGGAGGCAGGAGCCCCAGGCUUUCCUCACCCUUGGCUCUGCUAGGAGCCCACCGAGGCAGCUGCUGCUCACAGGUGGGUGCAUCCCUGGUCUGCAUGGAGAGGGGUAAAAUGCAGGCCCUGCAGGCUUCCCAACCACAGGGCAGCCAGACAGCUGUCUCAGAGGCCUGCUCGGUGCAGAGCAGGUACAGCCCCGCUCCCCCGAGGGGACAAUCUUGUGACAAGAAGCAGAGUAACUAUGACUCUUCAAGUAGCAAUAGCAAAAGCAACCGAGGACCUGACAGGGGGCCAGGUCAGGGUGAGCAGGGGGAGCAAGAACUCAGUGUAUCGUGCACGCUGUCCCCAGGCUCUAAACCAGGGGCCACAAGGAGAACAGUCAGAGCAACCAGGAGAAGCAGCCCUGGAUCCAGAAGAAUGUUACAGGGAAGGGUGGCUGGUGAGGGGGAGAGCCUUGAGGAGCAAGAAGAUGACGGCAUGACGGCCACUGCUCUGCCCCACACCUCGCCAGAAACUGUUGUCUGCGAAUGGCUGAGCAACAUUCCAGAAGAGCCCACACUCAUGAAAUACGAGAUGGGGGAUGAGACCACAAAUGAGGCCGAGGAGGGCCCAGAAGGCACCAGGGAGGGUCCUGUUGCCAAGCAUUCUCCGGAAAGCCUCACAGAGAUAGCUCAGGCCACAGAACAGCCCCUGGAAGGGGAAAUCAGUGAGAAACCAGGACCAGAUGGAGCCCCAGUGACUGAUGAUGCUGGUCCCAAAUCAGGGGAAGGUCUGCCUCAGAGAGAAGCUUCAGGCAAUAUUUCAGAAGCUCCUGAGGAGGCCAGAGCAGGUGAGAAAACCAGGUGUGGUGGGAACCAGGGUGCCCUGCCCAGCAGGAUCUCUGCCUCCACACAGGUCAUGAAGGCCCUGAUCAGCUCAGAGCCGGGCCGGCCCAGCAGCCUGCCCGAAGUAUCCAGUGCCGUGGGGAGGAGGCUCAGCCACUCCGCCUGUGCUCUCAUCACCUGCCUCUCCAGGCUCCACUUCUUUGAUGAAGACCUUGGGUCUACUGCUGGCAAAAUGAGGUUCACAGACUCCCCCCAGUUUCAGGAGCUCCUGAGCACCUUCCAGGUCCUGUGGCCAGGGUGUGACUUUGGAAAAGAAGAGCUGGACUUGGGCCUCCAGAAGCUUGAGUUGGGCCAGGCUGUGCCAGGCAUUGAGUCCCAGGCUGCAAAUGAGGACCUCACCCCCGUGUCCUCCUCAGGGGUGGAUGUCAGCAGCGGCUCCGGGGGCUCCGGCGAAGGUGGCAUGCCUUGUGCUGUGGACUGUGCCUUGACCCCAGAGAGGAAGGAGCUGCCCUUGAAAAUGGCGAUGAGCAUCAUCUCCUAUCAGAGGCCUGAUUCUAGAUCCUCAGAGAACCGAGAGGAUCUGAGAAACCAACAUGGACGGGAGACACACCAGCAGAGCCCUCUAGUAGCCCCAGGGCCUGGGGAGAAGAGCAUCUCUAUGGCCCACAGAGCAUCUCUGGAUCCUGAACCCCACCUGGGUGAUCAAGUUGCGUGAAGAAGAUGGAGAAAGCCUUCCUGUCUCACUUUGCCAGUUGCCACGACUGAGUUCCGAGCCCGAUGGGGCCUGCGGCACACCCAUCUACUGGACCAGAUGGUGGCUGAGCUGGAGCAGGACAUGGGUCGGCGGCUCCAAGACAGCAUAGAGAAAGAGCUCUGGAAGAUGCAGAGCAGAGCCUGGGGGAAGGUGCCCAGGCCCCCAGGGGCAGCCCUCCAGUGGGAGCUGGCACUGCAGACAGAGGCAGCGAAGAGCGCCGCCUCCAAGGCUUGCACAACCUCCCUGCUUUCAGGGGACCGAGCCCUCAGCCUGGAGGAGGAGCAAGCGAUGAGCAACACCCUGAGGACAGAGCCCAGUGGGAAGGCAACAGCACAGGAGGAGUUCUGCCCCUGCAGUGCCUGCAUGGGGAAGCAAAGGAGCCCCAGGUCCCCAAAGGAUGCCAGUGCACCCAUCAGAAAGGCCUUUGACCUGCAGCACAUUCUGGCAGCAGAGGAAAGGAGGGGAGAGUAGUGGGGGAGGACAGCAGAGGUGGCUCCUAAGAAGGGAGGAGUGGAAUGGCCUUGGAGGAAGCCCUUGAGGGGUGGAGGGCAGGAGAAACUCAGCAGAAGAGGAAAAAACAUGGAUGAGGGCUCGGGAGAGAAGGAUAAUUCGGAGGGUGAAGCCUCAGGGGGAGGUGACCAAAGUCCAGGAGGAAAAGAUAAUUGUGCAGAGGCCCAGAGAGUGAAAGGAGACGGACAGGGAGAGCCAGAAGGAGGAUAUCAAGGUGGGAAAGAAGACAGCGUUCAGGUGGUGGUGGUCAACACUCCUAACAACGUCCCCCACCUCCAGGUGCUGUGA